CGAAUCGCCAUUUAGAUAGUUCGAAAUGAUGAAAACAUUGAUAAUUUCAUUAAUGUUAAUGAAUGUUUUUUGUGAAGAUUCGUUUUUUAAGAACGAUCAGAAAGUGUUGGAUAUUAAGGAUGAAUGCGCCAAGAGGUAUAAAAUCAAUAAAAAUGAAAUGGAAAGUGUAGAUGUGGGGAAUUUGGAGGACGAGCAGACUUUUAAGAAGGAUAAUGUCAUGUGUUAUUUGGAGUGUUUGAUGGAGAAGAGUAAGAUUAUGACGAAUAGUCCACCGACGAUGAAGAAUUUGUUGGAAUUGCUGGAAGUGCCGAAGGGCGAUAAUCGAGUUGUCAUGAACGCGAAUAAGUGUUGGCAAGAGAGUAGAAAGAUGACUGAGGUUUGCAGAUGCGCGUUUGCUUUCUACGAAUGUAUGGUUAAUGAGAGGAGAAGAGAUGAAGGCGAUGGUAUAACUAAAUCCAAAUACACUCAGUUUAAAUCUGAAGGAUCUUCGAAAACUGGUUUGUAUUCUACAAUAACUGGAAACGAUCAUUCUUACAAAAAGUCUAAAGAAAUUCUUUCAAAUUCAAUGAGUUCUACAAACAAUUAUUCAAGGAACAAUUCUAGUAAUGAUUCUACUAAAAACGGAAAUAAUUCACCCAAAAACCCUAAAGAAACAGAAUUGGAUAACUCAAAUAAAUCUACGAAUUCUACAAACAAAACAGGGAUGAAUUCUAGUAAUGAUUCUACUAAAAACGGAAAUAAUUCACCCAAAAACCCUAAAGAAACAGACAUGGAUAAUUCAAAUAAAUCUACGAAUUCUACAAACAAUACAGGGAUGAAUUCUAGUAAAGAUUCUACUAAAAAUGGAAAUAAUUCACCCAAAAACCCUAAAGAAACAGACAUGGAUAACUCAACUAAAUCUACGAAUUCUACAAACAAUACAGGGAUGAAAUCUAAUAAGGAUUCUACAACAAAUGGAAAUAAUUCACCCAAAAACCCUAAAGAAACAGAUAACUCAAAUACGAAUUUAACCGCAAACUCUACGAGUGAUUCAAAUAAAUCUACAAAAAAUGAUUCAGGGAUGAAAACUAUGAAUUCUACAAAUAACGCAGGUCAAAAUUCUAAUAAGAACGGCAACGAAAUGCAGCAGAAUUCUUCCAAUAAUUCAGAAAUGAAAUCUUCAGUUAACAAUUCUAGUAAGAAUGAAACAGGGAUGGAUUCUUCCAGUGGUUCUAAAGAAGCAGGAAUGAAACAAAUCAAUUCUACAAAUGAUGCAGCUAUGAAAUCAAUGGAGAAUGGAAAUAAAUCUACGCAGAAUAGAUAUUCUUCCCAAAACGGAAUGAAUUCAAGAGAUAAAUCAACUAUGAAUAGUAUGAACAAUUCGCAGUCUGGUAGAUGAAUUACGUAAUUGACGUUUAUUCGAAUGCGUCGUAUGCAACCAACAUUGCUCAAUAUGUAAUUUGUUUUGCAUA